AUGCUCCUCCUUGGCUGGGCACUGUUGCUCAGCGUUUACGAAUUCGCCGAAGCGGCGGUCAAAUACGAAUCACAUUUGCGUUCUGCGGACCUUCCGCUCCACUUUGUCGCCGUAAAUGAAUCGAAUUUAGUUCCGCUUACUCAAAGGAUAGAACGCCGGAAGCGUUGCUCAUGUGGAUGCUCCGGAUGUGAUCUUUUCCCGAAUCGUUCUUGCUGCUCUAGCUCAUGUUGCUCGAAUCAAAAGCCGCUUCCACUUGCGUGCUGCCCUCCACCGCCACCGCCGAAACCUUGCUGCCAGCCGGCAUUUGGUCCAUGUUGUCCAGCAACUCCAAACUGUUGCCCAAAGCCUUGCUGCAGAGGUCGACGACCUGAAUAUGAGGAAUACGAGGAUGAGGAUGGCAAUCCAGGAGCAGUUCCAGCUCCACCAAAUCCCCCAAGAACUUGCUGCCCGCCACCAACUCCUGCUGCUCCACCACCGCCUCCGCCACCACCUCCACCGGCUCCAGAAGCUCCGACUCAGUGUUGCGGCGGAUCACCGCAGGGACGGACACCGUGUCGAUCAGGAUGUCCAAAUGGAGAUUGUGGGUGCGGAAGGCCUUGCUGUUACUAUCAGAAUCCGACAUGUUGUAAUCAAGGACAAAAACCUUGCUGUCCCCCAGAAAAGCCUUGCUGCCCAGAGCUUAACCUCAAUCUCGAUAAUUGUUUGGCUACAGUGCCACCAUGUUUGAGAUCGUGCCCGACAUGCCCGUGCAGAAAGAGGAUGAUGCUCGGAAAACGGACCAAGAGAGCAGCACCGGGCCUUCAUUGCCAGCCACUCAGUCUUCUUGGCCAGCACUCACCGCCCGUAUUGACAUCUCCACCAGUCAAAACUGUUAUGAAAGCCGCGGGCACCAAAACCAAGACAGCCUCUGUAUCGACGACCCGCAAACUCGUUGAACAAUCCGAAGAUCAUGUUGAGGCUCCACCAACCGCUGGAAGACUCUACGACUUCAGAAGAGCUCACGUGAGAGCUAAGAGAAACUUCGAUCAGGGACCAUGCCAACUUUGCCUCAAUGGAACUCCUUUGAGAAGAUCUAAGAGAUCUUUCGAUUGUGUGCCUUGCACGUACCUUCAGCCACAAUAUUCGGAUAAUAAUCCAUUCUUGGGAGACCAGCGACCACAGCAGAGUCCAGUGGGAUAUCCGAUCGGAGAACCGCACAAGAGAACGAAGAGAGCGUGUCUACCUCAUCCACAAUGCACAUUGCAUGUGAGAAGAUACAAGAGAAACCUUAUUGGGUCUCAAUAUUGCGAACCUUGCAACGGGCAUUAUGGAAGAAAGAAGAGAGAGGCUGAGAGAGAUCAAUGCCUCCGACGUGAAAAGAGAUAUGUUGAUGAGCAAUGCGAUAACGAUGAAUUUACAAUAAAUGAAAGAGAAAAGCGUCAAGCAUACAAUCCAAAAGGAAUCUUGGAUAUUGUCAAACUUCUUUCGCAUGCUUCCGCUGGUGGAAAUAAUCCAGGAGGUUGUCUGAAAUUCCCGGCGUGCGUUCUUGCUCAGAAGAAGCGCAGAAAGCGUCAUGCUGAUCGCUUGGACAAGUACUACAAAGCUCUAGAUGAGCAUAAGAAAGCUGUUGCCGAGUACGAGAAGGCUCUUGAGGAGCACCAUCGUGUCAAACGUCAGUUCUUUGCUCCGGACAAUUCAGCGGCUUGUGUUCCGUGUCCCGCUUGGGUGACACUGGCAUUGGCGAGUAGAAAGAAGAGAGGAGCUGAUGAGGAACCAGAAAAGAAGAUGACUAUCAGCGAAGCUAUUGCUGAUAUUCGAGCUAAGAAGGGAUACAAGCUUGGAUUCGAGGAUGAUUCAUCGGAAGAAGAGACUGUGGAACGACGACGCAAGCAGAGGGCUUGCACUCAAUCAGACGAUUGCUUGAACAAUGUCGAGUAUGCGAUCUUCCAGAAGGUUUAUGCGGAGAAACGAACGAAGAGAGAAGCAGUGUUCCGGCGGAAGAAGUGCACAAGAUGCGGAGUCUCUGGGCUUCUUCCCCACAGAGUUAAAAGAAACUUUGGACAGCCGAAUAUCAAUGUUUCGGAGCAGAAUUGUAUGGCAUUCCCGCAAUGUCGGCAUCGUGUCAAGCGAAACUUCUUUGAUGAUUGUAAUAUUUGCACACCUAAUUCUGGCCUUCGACGGCGUAAGAAGAGAAACUUCGGAACUGCGCAAUGCUAUCCAUGCCAAUAA